AUGGAAGAUACUCACCUCCGUUCUUUCUCUUAUCCUCUUCCAACUUAUCAACCUGCCUUGGCAAGCUACCCUCCCAUCUUUUUCGAAGACGAGGAGCAGCCUGUCACAGCAGUCCACUCUCCUGUUCCUCAUAUUCCUACCUUCUACUCUUCCUCAUCCUCAUCUACUGAAGGCACUGCUGCAAGUGAGGCUGCCAGAGUUGCUGUGGAAGAAGACUUUCGUUUGACUGAGAAAACUCUCGAGAAACUACAACUUGCCAGUCUCUCGGAUAUCCGACUUUCAGAUAAGAAUCUUGCCAUGGCCUGUUUUGCUGACCUAUCUCUCGACGAGGUCGUCCACGCUGAAAAUAUGCCUAUUGGAAGCAACGCUCACCUCUUUGGCCCCCAUCGCUGGGGAGUCAUCAUCAUCACCAACAUUCCUUACACCGUCACCCGUCAGGAAGUCCUGCAGUUUGUCGGUCGCUCGGCUCGAGUCAUCAGCGUCCAGAAGGGAUGCUCGGUGCAUAUCAUCAUGGAGCGUUCCACGGGUAAGACCAUGGACUGUUUCGUCGAGUUUGACAAUGUUGCUGCCGCCAAUGAGACUGUGACUCGUAUCAAUCGCGUCCAUGAGAUGGGCCGCUCUCCCCGCAUGGGCAAUCGUCACGUCGAGGUCGCCAUGAGCAGCCAGGAUGAACUCCUCAAGGCUCUGUUUCCCCGUGCCAAGUGCAUGAAGUGGGUGGACGGACAGCCAGUCCUGCAGGAAAAUAAGGACUGGUGGUCGACUGGAUUCCAGGGUUUUUUCACCGACGAGGAGAUGUUCUGUGUGCUCCGCCAUGCUGAGGCGCCUCAACGUAGCUCGUUUGCCUCCAAGGUGCCCCAGCGCACUUACGAGUCUAUUAUCAGCACCCUGUGGAAGGCAUGUCUGUUCCCGUGGCACGCGACCAACAUGUACACCGUCCACGCCCGCCAGAAGCUGUACGACACCCUGCGCUCGAUGAUUCUCGCUUUGGUUCAGCGCAUGGAGAAGGAGAAAACGGUCGGACUUGAUGACCGCUUGGUCCGUGAACUUGUCCUGGCAGGUCUCAGCUGUCCCGUCUUCAAUCCUCGCAUGAAGUACAGUCUUGGUAUCUUCGGCAAGUGCCGCGACAUUGUGGCAAACAUGAACUGGGAGUACUCGGUUUACUUCCCCUUUGACUCACUGAUUUUGUUGCCGAAUGGCAACAUGCCUACCCUCACGUACUACGCCAACCUGAUGGCUAACGGCCGAGUUCCGGUCACCAACACGCAUGGCCUUGAGCAGCGCCACCACAACCCGCACCUCAUGAAGAUCUAUGGCAAAGUCUGGUUCCAGUGGCAUGAAGUUGUUGCAAAGGAGAAGAGGUUCAUCGACGCCAUUGCCUACGAGCGCCGUGUCAUGCGCGAGAUGGUUGUCACCGGCUAUCUCUACCUGAGCGGUAAUCUGACCGCCGUCUCCUCUUCGAUUGGUACCGCUCCCAAGUCGACAACCUCCCCGGUCAAGUCGGUUGACAGCCAAAAGACUGUUUGUGGUAGCGGCGGUGUCUCUCUCCCCCUCGUUCAGCCUACCAGCACCCGUACUUCUUCUGACCCGACCUCGGUCUCUGCUACCCUGUACAGCAUCUCUCAGGAUUCGUCUGGCCGCGGCUCAUCUGGUUUCAGCUCUGGCCUCCACAAUAACGUCCAGGGAAAUAACAACUCGCAGGGUGGAAUCGGCCAUGUGUGGAUGUUCCCUCCGGUUCCCACUUCCGUUACGAGCAGUUCUACUGACAACCUUUAUGUGCCUAAUGUGCCUGGCCCUCAGACUAGCCAGGCGUCGCCGUACGUUUGUCAAAGCCUUAAUCCCCCUCCCGACCCAUUUGGUAUGCACCGCUCGCGCGGUUCCAUUUCGUCUCCUACUUACGCACACCAGUCAAGCGGCCAGAUCGGCCAGGUCGGCCAGAGCAUGCACCACCGUUACCCGUCUUCGGGAAGUUCCUCCGGGAAGUGGUGA